AUGGCCGAAAUAAGCGGGCGAAGAAAGCGCCAAGCAGAGGAUGAGGGACAAGAUGUCGAGAUCCCCAUCAAGAGAGGCCGCCUCAACGACGCCGCUCAUUUCAAAUGGCUCUGGUCACCACCGCGCCCAUCAACCUCCCCUUCCCCACCGGGUCUGUGGUCUCAACCGGUCCCGGACGGCAUGUUCCUCACCCUCCACGACCUCCCGUGCUCCUUCUCCGUGGCCCCAGAGCCCGCGCAUAGCAAGCGAUCCCGUCGUCGAGGCGCUAUCUCAUCAACAUCUCCAGCCGCACCAAGUGAGCUGGACCGGCAUCUAGCGCAGCAGCUUCGGCAGCAGAUUUCCGUCAUAGGCUUCAAGUCGGCAGCCGAGUGUCACCCCACACGGGAUAAAGAAGACGACCGCAACGACGAGGACUCGGAGAUCGACGUGCUAAGACGUGACCUGGAGUCCGUGCAAAUCAGCGCCGCUCUGCCGUCCAUCCUGGGCAUUUCGAUUGACCUCGACCGAAAGCUUUGUCUUGAAGCCUCUAGUCGGCCAUCCGAGGAUCCUAGACAUGGAGGUACGUUGACCGUCACUUGA